AUGACAUCGUCCAGUUUGGGGGGCCAGGGCCUUGCCCCUGGGGCUGCUUCCACAUUUCACUUCACAGUGGACUCGUUCAGCUUCCAACCCACAGGACGCACACAAUUGCGCAGAAGUGGAAGAGGAACCGGCACCAACAAGGGCACGGACAGCGCCGGAACUCGAACUCCAGGGGGCAACAAGCACAAUUCAGGUUCCGCCGUCAUCACCUCCAAUUCCAACACCAACCAGCUGCCUGGGCCUGGAUCCAACCUUGACACCUACAACACCGGCACAACAACUGCCAGUACCACGGCUUGCCUAGCAACCAGCAACGGCAUUGCCGUACAGACUGCUGAUGACCAUCAUACGCACCGUCAAAACCACAACUCAUCCAAACUUCCCGCUUUUCGCUUCGCCGACCUGAAAAAGGACGCAUCACUUUUCCCCCCUUCGCUGCAGCCCAUCCACAUCCCACCUUCACCUAAUAAUAAAUCUAGACGGGCCUCUGUCUCGUCGACAGCUGGAGUCCCUGCGCAAUUACCCUUUGACCUACAGCUAGGCGCACCUGCCAGUCCACCACAAUUUAACCAACAAAAGCAACCCCAGCCGACUAGCCUGUUCCAUCACAAUUUCGUCAAACGCCCGCAGCUGUCUGCUGAAGAAGAAGAACGAUCCGCAGAAACACCGCCAAGACAAGCCCACAAGCGAUUACAAGACUCUGCUGCCAUUCGAGCCUCGACGUUCCAGCCCUUUUCGCCAACAGCACAAGACUCGUCUAUUGGCUCAAAGCGCCCAGCCUCUUCCGUCUGCGAUAGCCAUAGUGCCGCCAGGGGCCCGUAUGUGUCGAGAUACCGGCCUGCAUCUAUCGUAACGCCCAUUGGGAAACGUCGCCAAACGACGUCGAUCGGACUUUUACCUUUCAUCGAUACUGCGCAGGGCCCACGCGAACCGGUACCGCCCGCGACCAUCAAGUUGAGCAAGGUUAAUGAGAAGAGGAGAUCCCGUCCGCCAGCCUCUUCCAAACCCGCCAUUGUCCCGAGUGCCUCCGGUCGCGACUCCGGAGGGCAAGCAAGCACUUCCCCGACCCGGUCGUUACGCUCUUCGACAUCUCGCGAUAACCUGUUCUUCGACUCCGACUACGAUCCCGGGCGCACUGUGGGCGAUACAAACGAGGGGGACAUGUCGAACUCAACCCAGAGAGACCGCGCAUUGAGGGCCCUGGAGGGCAAACGGGAUGACGACAUGUCGCGAAUGACACCACCAGAUUCAGCUACUGCAGCUUCCGACAAUGAAAAUACGGCCGAGAUCUUCAUGAAUAUUGCCCGCGAGGAUCCAGCACCUCGGCCGGCGCAAACCCGGACCGAGGAUCAGAGCGCAAUUUCACGCAUAAACCGGAAUUCCUCCCAUCGUCGACCACUGUCUACAGCGAUACCAUCAUAUCAGACAUCAUCACCGCCCCAGGUAGCCAACCGCCGACUUUCUGAUUCCCGCGACACAACAUCGUCCCGAAGCCGGCUGCUUUCAGACCCACAAGCAGCCCGAGAACCGAAUCUUCGAGGUAUCCCGAGAGAUCGCCUCAUCACCAACACAGCUCAGGAGGACCUCGGUCGCUCCCAGUCUGUCCGAACGUCCCUCAGACAAGCCCCGCCAACCCCCCGGCAGAUAGCGUUUCAGGAUGCUUAUGAGGCGGGCGCCGGACUUACACGAAGAUCGUCAAUUGCUGACAUCUCAUCUGUGGGGAGGAAUUCGCAAUUUCGGAACUCGAAUCUUGCCGUUGGCGGCAGGAUUUACAACUCGUCUCCAUUGGUCCCCCGAGCUCCUGAGCCACAAAGACCGGAAACCAGUCAGAACGCGGAGACCAAUCAAAGCGCAGAAGGGACGGAUUCUUCGACAUCGACGGCGGACCCCUCCACGGUUUGGGAUGAGCUGGACGACUUGAAGUCUCGCAUUCACAGGUUGGAGCGAACGGGGAAGAAGCCACCGGCGGGGGCAGGAAAUUCCAGGAGCUCAGAGGAGCGUCCACCUACAGCGACGACCAAUGCUACAACCAUGUCCGCGUCGCCGAAGCGUGGAUCGGGAGGGACUACUGUUAACCACGGAGAGACGGCUAGUAAUGCGUCAUCACGGGAAACACAACCCAUUCUCCUCUCAGCCCUGUUGAAGACAAAGGGUCUGAUCAGCGCUGAAGUUUUCAAUGCCAUUGAGUCGGCAGCAAACGACGCCUUGGCUUUGACUUCCAUGAUUGGUGCUGCCGGGCAGCCGGGGCCGAUAUCGAGCGGCGCGAGUGUUGUUGGGGGCUAUGGUAGUGGUGUCACGGAUCGGCAGCUCCGAAGGAAAGCGGAUAGCAUCUGCAGGAGCUUGACUGAGCUGUGUAUCGCAUUGACGGAUGAAGCUAAUCAGUCCAAACCAGCUCAGUCCGCAGCUCCCAACCGCGAGACUGAAAAGGUCAUAACACCAACAACGGCGGCCAAGUUCACAGGCAUCACAGGCCGGCGACGAUCGAGUAUUAUGGUAGAGACAGCAUUGCCACAACCGAGCGUCACUAGUCCUAGGGCUCCAACGACAAUGGAACAGCGAAGGAUAUCACUUUUGGCUGCGAGUGCUCUGCCGAGUCCCAGGACUUCAGCCGUGCCAGCUACCCCAGUUGACUUUGGUACACCCGGGCGAAAGUCGUCCUUGCUAUUGGCUCGGAACCGUCGGGUUGCGGUAGAGGAACCGGAGGAGCAAGUCAAUGGCAGGAGGUCGUCGUUGCUUUUGAGGAGCCGGAGAGUAGGACAAGAGGAACAAGAUGAGAUGCCUGCCGAGGGCCGCAAGACAUCUUUGCUGCUGCGUUCCCGAAAAGUCUUUAAUGAAGAGGACGAGGACCGGUAUCGCACCCCGUCCAGGGCCAUAACAGAGGUCAAUGGAUUGCGAGGUACUCCACGCGAACUCACCAGUCAAGCUUCGUCUCCUCCCGACAACACUCCGCUUGGCUCUUCGGCUUUGCCCCGCAGGCGCAUGGUCCCUACCUCGAUAAGUUCGAGGCUGAGCGCUCCCACUGCUCCUGUAAUACAACCUUUGGCCAGCCGUCGAUACCUCGACAGAACAGCAGGUGGAGAGCGGGAGACCAUUGUGGCCAGCAGCUACGCGGAAAGGCUUGCGGAGGAGAGGGCGCAGCGCCAGCUGUCGCUGGGCCAUACGGUGAUGCUCAAUCGGACGGGUAGUAUCAGCCGACGGACGCGUGACUCGGGAAUACCCAGUAUUUCCACGUCGAAUUUGCAACAUCAACAACAACAGCAGCAGCAAGCCAGCGCGCAGCAGGUUGGCGGAUACAGAUGA